UAAGUAAAAUGAAUCAUUUUUGUCCUUCAUGCUCUUGGAUAUACUCUUCCUUUUUGGUAACUGGACUCUGAUUCUCAUAAAAAUGGAGAAAGCUGUUGAAAUAUUAGAUGAGAUGUCACUGGCAGGCAUAAGUCCAAAUGAGCAUACAUACACAACCAUCAUGCAUGGUUAUGCAUCAUUGGGUGACACUGGAAAAGCUUUUGAGUAUUUUACUAAACUAAAAACUGAGGGCUUGGAGCUUGAUGUGUACACAUAUGAGGCAUUACUUAAGGCAUGUUGCAAGUCAGGCAGGAUGCAGAGUGCUUUAGCAGUCACAAGGGAAAUGAGUUCUCAAAAGAUUCCAAGAAACACCUUUGUCUACAACAUAUUAAUUGAUGGAUGGGCUCGUAGAGGUGAUGUUUGGGAGGCUGCAGAGCUCAUGCAACAAAUGAAACAAGAAGGGGUACAGCCUGAUAUACAUACAUACACAUCUUUCAUAAAUGCUUGUUGCAAGGCUGGAGACAUGCAGAGAGCAACAAAAACAAUUCAAGAGAUGGAAGUUGUUGGAGUGAAGCCAAAUAUUAAAACCUACACGACAUUAAUACAUGGCUGGGCCCGUGCAUCUCUUCCAGAGAAGGCUUUGAAAUGCUUCCAGGAGAUGAAGUCAGCAGGUUUGAAGCCAGACAAAGCAGUAUACCAUUGCUUGAUGACAUCAUUGCUGUCAAGAGCAAGUGUUGCAGAAGAGUACAUAUAUUCUGGAGUUGUGGGUAUUUGCAGGGAGAUGAUAGAGUGUGAGUUGACUGUUGAUAUGGGCACCGCUGUUCACUGGUCCAAGUGUUUACGGAAGAUUGAGAGGACUGGUGGAGAACUUACAGAAGCCUUGCAGAAGACCUUCCCUCCUGACUGGAACUCAUACAAUAUUCAUGUGAAUUCUGAUGAUGAACUGGAUGUUGAUGAUGCAUACUCUGGUGGUGAGACAGAUAUUGAUGAUGAUGAUGACGACGAUGAUGAUGAUCCUGGCCUUAGCUUAUGGUGAUCAUUCAUGUACUCUUCAUUCGCCUGUAUAGCAUCCCUUUCUUUGGUGCCACUCAGUAUUGGGUGCCUCUGCAAGCCUACUUUUGAAAGUCUGCAAGUUGCUGAGCUUCCAAUUUUCGGCCAGCUUAAAAUGACCUUUCGAUUAAUACCUGCCAUUACCAUGAGUAAGAGUGCUGCUCUUUGUGGAAGAUAAUUUGGCUACAAUGUAACUUGGAAUACUGAUACACAACUUCAAAAUUCAUCCUCGUAAACAAACAAUACUAACAUCGUUAGAGGUUCACUGAACUCAAAACAUGGAAAUGUGUUAUGGAAUAAACUUUUUUAUUUGAGCCAUCUCAGUAUGAAAACUGAUUCCAGAGACAUCAUUUAAAUCCAGAUUUAGGACCUUGGUGGGAUCUUCUAGA